ACGUUUGUGUCUAUGACGGGGAUUCACUGAAACUUGAAAGAUAAAAUUAAUCUAUCAUAUUUUUUCAAGUACUUAAUUAUUUAUAAUGUAAAGCACAGGAAAUCAUUAUUAUUUUAUUAAAUCAUUAGUACUACUCGGAAAGUCGGAAAUCUAUCUCUGUGCUGUGCAAUAGUCAUAUAAGUUAGCAUAAAAAUACCAAAAUUACAGAUGUCAGUGUAUGUAUAAAAAAAGUGUGAUUUGGUGAUAAAUAGUGUACGUUAAUUGAUAGGUAUAUAAAGCUUCCUUUUCCUGUUGAUAACUUUACAUACGUGAUAUACUUUUGUUUAGAAUUAACAGUCUAAAAUAGGAGUACCUACAUCUAUAAAGUUUAUUCUCCGAUUAUGUGUGUGUUUUUUUUUUAUUAAUGGACACUGAACAUGUUUUGGAAUCUAAUAAGUUUUAUUUUAAUUAUAAUUUUUGUACUAGUAUUCAUUUUGAUUGUGUGCAAUUUCAUCAUUCAUGGAUUUGGUAAUUGGGAUGGGUUUCAUGAUUUAGACAAAUCAAGGGACACUAUGGAAGACAUACCUGAGUAUUAUGUGGAUGAAUAUGUUUUAAAAAGUACACUUGAUUUCUCUAAGAAAUAUCAAAAACAGAGAAGUUAUGAUGAUAAAUUUUAUGAUAUUAAUGGUACAAUAUUCCAUGAUACGAGUAAUGUUCCUGAAGACAUUGGAUUGUUAUCAGAGUUCGAAAUAAAACCAAUGGGUGAAGGAAAUAUCUUGUCUUUGAAGUAUUGCUACGGUAACAGAAAUGGUUUCUGUACACCAAAUAAUGAUAAUGAUCAGUACGAGUAUAAUUCUGAGGACGUAAACUCGGAUAACGAAACAGAAACCAACGUAAAUCAUUCUUCAUAUGCGUCGAUAGCAAAGAAAACAGCUGGUGCGCCGGAUUAUUUAUAUGUAAAAAUAUUAAACGAUAUUAUAAAAAUUAAAUAUAACCAUUGGCACAUGAUCGCCGCGUUCAAACACACAAACGAACUGUACUGUAUGGUGUGCAAGGAAUAUUUACUUCGUACGCAGAAACAGUUACAUUGUACUGAAGAGAAACAUUUGAAUAAGUUGAAAAGCUUUGAAUUUGAUCAGAAAUAUCCAAAUUAUUUUAUAAGACAGAUCGAUGCAAGGCUAUACCAUUGUGGCUUGUGUAACAAUCUAGUAUCUGAUAUAAGAGAACACAUAGAUACGAAACACAAAAAAGAUAUACAUAUUCAUGAUACAAAAACAAACAAAACAAUAAUUUAUACUGAAGGUGAAAACACAGUAAAAGUCAUCAAUUCUAAAGAUGGCGAAAUAAAUGCAACGAAUGCCACUCAUAAUAAAACCAACGAUACAUCUGCAAUGGAAGGCACUGAUCCUAAAAAUAACGAUACAUCUGCAAUUCAAGGCACUGAUCUUAAAAAUAACGAUACAUUUGCAAUGGAAGGCACUGAUUCUAAAAAUAGCGAUACAUCUGCAACGGAAGGCACUCAUACUAAAAAUAACGAUACGUCUGCAACGGAAGGUACCCUUACAAAAAAUAACGAUACGUCUGCAACUGAAGUCACUCAUACUAAAAAUAACGAUACGUCUGCAACGAAAGGCACUGAUCCUAAAAAUAACGAUACGUCUGCAACGAAAGGCACUGAUCCUAAAAAUAACGAUACGUCUACAACGGAAGGCACUGAUCCUAAAAAUAAUGAUACGUCUACAACGGAAGGCACUGAUCCUAAAAAUAAUGAUACGUCUACAACGGAAGGCACUGAUCCUAAAAAUAAUGAUACGUCUACAACGGAAGGCACUGAUCCUAAAAAUAACGAUAUGUCUGCAACUGAAGUCACUCAUACAAAAAAUAACGAUACGUCUGCAACAGAAGGCACUCAUCCUAAAAAUAACGAAACUACAAAUUUAGACAUUCUUAACAACAACGAAAAUACCGCAACAAAUUGCACAAAUCAGAACGAAAUAAUUGCAACUGAAGAUACUUUACCCAAAAAUGACAUAGGAUACGAGAUAAAUAACAUAACUCCAGAUAUGUAUAAUGACGUCAUAAUAAACCAAUAUGGUUGUGAUAUAAGAAUAUCAUUUAUUGCAUACAAUUUGGUUUGCCGUGUGUCAGAUUUUUAUCAUUGUAUUAUAUGUGAUUUUAUAGCAAACAACAAUGAUAUGUCAUGUCAUGUUAAAGACCCAUGUCAUAAACAGAGAGUCAGAAAUGUACCUUUUCUCAAUAAUUUCAGCAUAAAUUUAAUAAGAAUGCUCGGUUGUAUAAAUCAUUGUGCUAUAUGCAAUGAAGUGUUCUACACGGACACACAGACACACAUAUUGGAAGCGAAACACGUAAAUUGGCGCAACAAAGCAUUGGCAUUGGUAUCAAAUCAUCUUACAAUGCCUACAUUCAAUAUAAAUCCCUUGGCAAUAGAAUCCAAUCGACACGUCACGCAUCAGUCUACAAAUGGCAUGAAUCCUAUCCUAGAUUCGAAUCAACGCGCAACGUAUCAACCUGCUGUUGGAUUGAAUCCGCCGACGAUGGGAUUGAAUCAACGGGGAAUUUAUCAGCCUGCGAUUGGUUUGAAUCCACAGCUCAUACCUCAGCCGUUGUUUAUGCCAAUGCCUCAGCAUCGACCUCAAUUAAUAUUUCAGCCAAUAAUGCUUCAGGAUCAACGCCUAACAAGUAUGAAUCAAUCGGCACCACAACAACCCGUAUUGAAUAUAGACCAAUGGCCUACACUUCCCAAAACGAGGGCUAUGUAUACACCAAAUAUGAAUCCCUACACGACGCGACCUAAAAAUGAUAACAAAGAACACAAAGUCAUUGAGGAAUUGAAUCAACUAAAAAAAGGAUUCAAAGUCAUUGAGCUUGAUGAUUCGAAUGAAUCAAAAACAGAUCCCAAAGUUAUAGAUGAUUUGAAUCACUCUAAAUUUAUGAAUCCACCGGCGACAGAUUCUAAAGAAGAGGAUAUUACCCAAGAACCAGUUGAGCAAUUAGAAUUAAUAGGCGAUAUUUUGAAUACGUAUGAAUCCUUCGACGACGAUUUUGAAUAUUUCAACGAUAAAUUCGUUUAUUUGAAGCACAGAAAUACAUACACACAAAUUGAUUUAGUGUCAUACAAUAGUUUGGUGAAUGUGGGGGACGGUUCGAGAUAUUGUUUUGUGUGUUCGAGCCAAGUGUGUGGUUCUUUAAAAGGCCACGUAAACAGUUUGAAGCAUACAAAAUGUAUGGAUGAAUGCAAGUUUGUUGAGAAGUAUGAAAAACAUCUUUUGCGACAGAUCUGUUUCAACUACCACUGUGGUAUUUGUAACGUGGUUUUUACACAAAAAUAUAUAGACACACACACAGCGUGGCCCCCGCAUUUGAGAGACAACAAGACAGACAGAAAAACAAGAAAAAACAACCUCAAAUCUGGCAGCAAAUCCCUAAAUAUUCAAUUCAAGAAAAACACAUCACACAAUGAAAACAAGAUGGAAGAUAUCAAAAUAUUACUCAAAAUUGAGGUCAAAACAAAUAUAUGUAACAACGAGCAUGUCACAAAGAAGAACAAAAUUAUUAUUUUUGGUGAUUUUGUAUUGAAAAUUUCCUGGGACUCAUAUCAUGGAUUUGUCAGAACGAAGUGUGUUGGCGCGAGGAAGGCGUUGCGUUGUGCGUUGUGCGUUUGUGACGUCAGAUUCUACGAGGUGAGCGCGCACGUCGCCGCCGAGCGCCACAGCCAACUACUAGACAAGUUCCUAACGCAACACUUGCCGCAUCUCAUCAGAAAGGUGAACGAUUAUUCACUGCACUGCGCGAUUUGCAAUACUGAAGUCGCUAACAACAAUCAAAUGCUUGCUGACCAUUUGAAUGGCAGUAAACACAAGAAAAACUAUUCCGCCAUAUUGGCUGAUAAAAGUAGCUCAUUGCUUGAUAACUCUGACGUUUUAUAUCUCUCUUAGUCAGUGGCGUGCUGAUUUUGUAGUAGGGUAAGCAUUAAACCAGAGAUUAAAGAAUUAUAGGCAGCUAGAACACUACGGUGUCGAAAUUCAAAGAUGAAUACAUUCUCGAGUCGCAUCAGUAAUUUUCAAAGUUAUUCAAGAAAAAUGGCGUCUUAUGUUUUUAAAUAUUUUAAUAACUGUUCAGAAAAACUAAAGAAAUAAGAUGGAGUAAUUUUUUAUUGGUAAUUAUUGAUUGGUAAUUAUGAAAAAAGUUUGUAUAUGCGGAUGUCAAGGAGACGCGUGACGUUCUUUUUUAUGGGUUUCACCGGCUUCACCUCGCUGUAAAGACUCAUUCUGGAUCAUUAUUUAUUCUAUGCCAUUAAACGUUAAGAUUGUACAAAAAGUCUGUUAAAGUAUUUAUUCGUAAAUUUGCUCGUAAAGUAUCUGGUUAUGUAUCUCAUGUGCCGUAAUGUAAAGUAAAAUGCACAUGUGCUGUAAUUUAAUAUAAACCAAUUUAUCAUCCCCCUAAAAACUAACGACACUUUUUUAAACCUUAACAAAAAGUUUUUAUGUUAGAAAAGUGCUCAACAUUUUAUGAAUAAAAUUAACUUUGUGAGAUAAAAUAUAAUAAAUAAACAUUUAUUGAAAUUGUGAUAUUAUAUGAUAUUUUGUUAUCUGCUAAGUAGCCUUAAUUUUGCUAUCAAUUCUUUGUUCCUCAACAGAAAUAGUUAGAAUCGACGUUACGAAUGAAGAAACAUUUCUGUAUACAUUUAAUCUUUGACGUCAACAAAUACAUAUUAUAAUAGAAAAAUUAAAUAUAAAAUUAUCCUGUCACAGUAUUUAUUGUCACAUUCCUACCAAACGGCUUGACUGAUUUUGGUGAAGUUUUAUAUGUAUAUUCGGUAGUUGAGAAUCGGUUAUCUAUUUUUCAUACUAUUAAGGAUGGUCCACCCCAAAAUCUAUAAACCAAAAUAACGUUUGCCGACUCAACAAGCGUUUAAUAAAAGUGUUUAUAAAAAGGUCCAGAAAAAAGCAUUUAUGAGUAGGUUGCAUUGAUUUCUUGAAAAAAAAAAGUUUCACAAU